AUGAGUCUUCAGGUCGGCUUUCUCCUCCAGUGUUACCUGAUGUUGGCUGCAGGGAUGUAUUUUUAUCUGGGAGAGAAGGAGCAAAAGUGCAUCAUUGAGGAGAUUCCUGAAGACACUCUAGUGUCAGGCAACUUCUUCUUAGAGCCUUUGGAUGUGAGGUCAUUCAGCCACUCGCCUCACCUUGGUGUCACCAUUACAGUAAGAGACCCAAGCUAUGAGCUUCAGAUGUCCAAACGCUACGGAGCGUUUGGAAAGUUCACCUUCACAGCUCACGCUUCUGGUCAGCACUAUCUCUGCUUCCAAACCAACUCCACAAGGUUUUCUGUCUUUGCAGCAGAACGGCUGAAGCUGCAUUUAGACGUUCAGAUGGGGGAGCACUCGAUUGAUCCAAAUGUUGACAGAACCAAAGACAACUUGCAAACCCUUGAAAGCAAUCUCCAACAUCUCAUUAGUCAGAUGACCUACAUCACCAGCCAGCAGGAGUACAACAGGGAAAAGGAGGAACUUUUUCGUGAAAUCAGUGAAGAAACCAACAGCAAAGUGUUGUGGUGGGCUGUGAUACAAACCUUCAUUCUUCUCUCCGUUGGCUUCUGGCAGAUGAAGCGACUCAAAGACUUCUUCAUAGCCAAAAAACUGGUGUGA